CAGCCCUAGAAUUUAGAUCCCGGGGCUAGAAUGACAUCAAAAAUCCUGCUGCCUCAGACGCCUCUUGGGUGGGUACCAUGAUAGUAGCUGAGUGCCAGCAGUGCUGUCCUGAUUGCCUCCAUUUACAGAACUGAUAGCUGGGGCAAGGGACUGGGUCUGCGCAGGACAGCAUUCUCCAGAGGCCUCUGGCCCCUUCUAGAGGCUGAGGACAAGGUCAGCACCAUGGACAGCCCCGUGGUCCAGCCUUCCUUUCAUGUGCCAGAGAAGACUGCAGAUCUGGACUAGUCUGGUCUGGGGACAGGCCCCCUGGUCACUGCUGGCUGUUCUAAACAGGUGAAGGACUCUCAUGGCUGGAGCAAUCUUUACUCCCCAACAGGCUUCUCACUCUCUUGAGCCAGGUGUCACUUCCAGAGACGCGCCCCACGGGGUCUCGCAGCCGCAAGGGUCGGACUCGAAGCUGCGGCCGUCAUUGCUUUACAAUCAGUGCAUGUUCCUCGCUGACGUCAGCCGGAGCUGUCCUGGCGCUAUAUAAGGCUGGCGGCAGUCCCGGGACAGACCCCGUGUUCCCAAAGGCGCCCUCAGCCCGCCCCGAGGGACCGAGACAGGAGCUCCUUCCUGCAGGCUACAGACGCUCUCCGGCAAACUGGCCGGUGGUACCAUGAGGCCGGCGGGACGCGGGGCGCUGCUGGCGGCGCUGCUGCUCCUGGCACAACUGCGCCCGGGGAGCAGCCAGUGGAGCCCGGAGGCGGCGGCGGCCGGGGUCCAGGACCCAAGUCUGCGCUGGAGCCCCGGGACACGGAACCACGGCGGCGGGGCCCGCGCGCUCCUCUUGCUGCUGGCGGAGCGCUUCCCGCGCCGCGCCGGGCAGGGCCGAUGGGGAUCCGCGAUCACAGGCGAGCGGCCGCGACGGGACGACCCUCCGCUGUCCAUUGACCUCACCUUCCACCUGCUACGGACCCUGCUGGAGCUGGCGCGGACGCAGAGCCAGAGGGAGCGCGCCGAGCAGAACCGCAUCAUAUUCGACUCGGUGGGCAAGUGAUCGGCGGGGUCUGGGGCCCCGGAAAUCUCGACCCCCAUCCCCCACCCCCGGGCUGAGACGUGCGCGACAGGAACUGACCCAGUCCCGCGGGGCUAGAGCGGCCUAGGGA